CAUCAUUCAGUUGAUUCACGCCGCUGAAACCCAGCGGUCAGCCGCCGAGAGAUCUUGCCGUAUCGCAGCCUCGUAUCUGACGGAUGCGUAUCCGAAACUGGCUAUUGAACAUCGCCAUAUACGUAACGUUGCGCCCAUUCCCGUUGACUUCGCCAGUCGUCUUCCGUUGGAAUCACAGUAAACAUGGGCCUGGCCUCCACCACAGUGAAGCAUCUGCUGCUCCUGCUGAACUUUGUCUUCUCCGUGCUCGGACUGGCGCUGAUCGCCUUCGGAAUUUUCUUUUUGAUCUCCGCCGCCGAGAAUGCCGUCAGCAUUGGUGAGAACGUCGCCGGCGGCCUCAUCAUUGGCCUGGGUGUUGUCAUCCUGAUCAUAGCGGUCUUCGGUUGCCUGGCGGCCAUCCAUGAGGCACCUGUGCGGCUCCUGAUCUACGUGGGUGCCGUGGUCCUGCUGAUCCUGGCCCAGCUACUCUUCCUUAGCAUGGCCUCGCAUGGGACCAAGGACGGCAUCUCGGGCAGCAUCAACGAGGGCUUCGAACGCCUCUGGGAGGCGGAGCGCAACGAGAGCGGGGCCCUGGCCUACUACGAGAACUGGCUGCACUGCUGCGGAGUGAACAGCUCCGAGGACUACUGGAUUAUUCACCACGCCAUCCCCAAGAGCUGUUGCCUGGACAACAAGUGCGUGGACCAGUCCAGUGUCUACAAGGUCGGCUGCAAGGCCGAGUUCACCGAGUAUCUCGACGACAAGUUGCUGGUCUUUAAAAUUGUGUGCUGGCUGCUGGUCAUCGGAGAGGCCGUGGGAGCUGUCUUCGGUUGGCUGUUGUACAGCAGCGUGAAAAACCAGAGCCGACGGAAUAAUGCCGUCUGGAUGUGAAGCUUUAUUUAAGUCACCUAAUAUAAGUAUUAAAAAAUAACCUUUAAUGAGAUUUUCUCUAAUCAAUUGUUGCCGCAACUGUUUAUUUCACUUUUCUAAAAAUGAUGUAUUAUUAAUUUCCUAAUGGUUUUAAAUAACAUGGUAUCAUCAUAUUAAUGUUUAUAACAGGACUGUUUAGAUUAAUCAUUAGGCCUUCCUUCAAUUAUAAAAUCUAUAAAUUUAAUUUAAUAUUUAUCGAAUUUGUUAUCUUGCUUAAUUGUGUUAAACCAUCUCAAGAAAUACUUAUCUAAACAAAUAAAAGAAAGCCGCGAAA